AUGAUUCCUUUUGGAUUUAUGGUCAAUGCCUUUGGUGGUCCCAGAAGAGAUCCAAUGUAUGUCAGUGGACUUCGAAUCGAAAUUUUCUUGGAGUCCAUCAUAGAGAAAUUCAAAAAACGUAAAGGUGUUAAAUUUAAAGAAUAUAAAUUUCCUGUUGUUGUGUCGGAAAUAACAAAACAUGAAGAAAAAACACCAAAUCAACAUGCACCGACAUUACCCAGAAUAGUUUCAGCGACUUGAUUAAAUCUGCAAUUAGAAAAUAGCACUUGAAGGAACAAUUUAUGUGUGUGAGUUAUCUUAUCA